GGGUGUUUUGGGCGGCCAAUCUAAGAGCAUUCGGUCCCAAAACGUGUCUUGACUCGUUCAGCUACACUUAUGUAGCCUCGGUGAGUUUAUGAAGGUAUAGAAGGCUUCUUGUUCGGGCAAUCGAGUCAACGAGGCAUCAACUCGACAAUGCCUUUCCAAACCUCCGUCCUCCUCGGCUUGCUGGCCAUCCUUUCUCCUUGCCCUUCCUUUGCUGCGCAACCAGGUGCGCCCAAACCUCUGGCCGCUCCUCUGCGCGACCUUCCUCUAUCUGACCUCAACUUCCUCCACACGACCGACACCCAUGGCUGGCACGCUGGUCAUUUGCUUGAGCCUUCCUUCAGCGCCGACUGGGGUGAUUAUGUCGAUUUUGCCGACAGACUCCGCGACAGGCUCGAGUCCGAAGGCAAAGAUCUCUUGAUAAUUGACACUGGAGAUCGAAUCGAAGGAAAUGGUCUCUACGAUGCGUCGGAGCCAAAGGGCUUGUUCACAUUUGACAUUUUCCGAUCACAACACAUGGACAUAAUAUGCUCCGGAAACCACGAAUUAUACAAACAGAACUCGUCUGAAAAUGAGUAUCUGAUCACCGCUCCCGCUUACCCUGGCAGCUAUCUUGCAUCCAAUCUCGACAUCCGCCAUCCCACUACAGGCGAACUUGUCCCUCUUGCUUCCAGAUUCAAGAAAUUCACCACAAAGAAACAGGGCAUUCGUAUUCUUGCCUUUGGAUUUCUGUACAACUUUGACCGCAAUUAUAACAACACAGUGGUGCAGAAGGUGGCAGAGACUGUUAAGGAGCAAUGGUUCCAAGACGCCAUUCGGUCUCAAGAUGUCGACUUGUUUGUGGUGACUGGACAUGCAGCUCUACGGACAGAAGAAUUCAGUCUAAUCUUCAGGGCCAUUCGGUCUGUUCAUCCAUCUAUUCCUAUUCAAUUCUUUGGAGGUCACUGGCAUAUCAGAGACUACAAGAAGUUUGAUGACAACGCGUACGGUCUAGCCAGUGGCCGUUUCAUGGAGACGAUUGGCUUUCAGUCCAUCGGGGGCUUUUCGACCAACACCAGUCGCAAGUCAUCCCCGACCUUCGCAAGACGAUAUAUCGACAACAAUUUGUAUUCACUCUACCAUCAUUCCGGCCACCACGCUUCCACAUUUCACUCGGAGCGCGGUCGAAACAUCACCAAGGCUAUCACUGAGGCACGCCAAGCACUUGAUCUUGAUCAGACAUAUGGGUGCUCCGAUCGCGACUUAUGGAUGGAUCGAGUUAGAUAUCCCAGUAAAGACAGCAUUUUCUCCUGGCUGGAUCAAGAAGUGUUUCCUGGCAUCGUCAAUGACACAAGCCGCAACGACAAAGCUCGCCUCGUCAUCACCAACACUGGCGCAAUUCGCUUUGACAUUUUCAAAGGCCCCUUCACCAAGGACUCUACAUACAUCAUGUGUCCUUUCACCAGCGGAUUUCACUAUCUGAAGGACGUGCCUUACAACAAAGCCAAACAUCUCCUACAUUUGUUAAACAGUGGUGGAGAGAUUUUCUCGCAGACGAAUGCAGAGCUGGCAUUGUGGAAGUUGAAAUCUCCACAACAGAUCAAUCUUCACCAGGACAAUCCUCAUCUCCAAUACUCACAAUCAUUGGUCGAUGACCAGACGUCUUUGUCAGACCACACAAACUUGAUCCCAGGCUACACCACUAUAGAUGAUGAUGGCACAGAUGGAGACGAUACCGUACAUGCCCCCAUCAACUUUUAUCAGCAACCGAAUUGUGUCCAGUCAACCAUUAAUCCUCAAAACGUCAACUUGGACGAUGAGACGGUGGAUAUCGUUUUCAACGAAUUUAUCCAACCCUGGAUUCUCCUCGGAUUGAGAUUUCUUGGACUCAGUUACGACGACGCCGACGUUGACAAGUACAUGCCUGAGGAAAACAUGACGACUUUGAUUGCCAGAUGGGUUAGUGAAAACUGGUCAAGGAACUGUUGAUUGCAAGGUAUAUGUGUGGCCUGAAAACUUUGCAGUUGUUAUCCACCCAAUUUAACAGAGAUCUGUGACAUGCUCACUUGGCCCACUGAGCCUUCUGUGGCAGUGGUUAAUUCAGAUGCUCUUCAUAUAUCAGGGCCCAUGUCUUGACACCCUCACCCCCUUCCUUAGGCCAGCCACUGGCAUCAACCCUUCCCUUGCCUAUGACUACCUCUUCGAGCACCUUGAAUCCCAGCUGUUGAUACUCAUCUCUGGACGACACUGCUGCAGUCUCUAGGUAUACGGGCACCCUCUCCUGUUUGGCCUUAUUCAAGAGCACAUCCAUCGUCGCGACGAAGGCGGCAGACGACUUUUUCUGAUCCACGUCGGGAUCCCGGGCCAGUAUAGCCAGGUGAUAAAAGGGUCGGGUCUCAUAGUCGGUAUCUUUGUUGAAAUCUGCAGGGUAUGGGUCUUCAGACGGGGCUCCGGAAGAUUGAGACGGAGCUGCAGGCUGGUCGUAGCUAUGAGGGCCCGUAUCUGGGACAGCAAGGUAUUUUGCCUUGAGCUUGCGGGCAGUGCUUCGCCAUUCUUGUAAUAUAGGACCAGGGUUCGCACGAGCUUGGGAAGGAGGAAUGCCGCAAAAGUCGGGUGGUUCCCAGAGCGCCGCAGCGGUAAAAUCGCCAGACUCGACUAGAACCACGUUGCUCCGAGCGGCAGCGGUAAUGCCCAGUGUGAAAUGUUUUGUGAGACGGUCUGUGGUGAUAACAUCGCUUCGAUGGGCCGAGGACGGGGUCUUGUCGAUUUCGGUGAUAAAGGCAGUGGUCAGUGGGGUGGAAAUGUACGAACGGCUCAGGAGACUGAUGAACUUCUCGAUCCAGACUUUGUCUGGCGAAUAAGUGAUCCGAGUUUCGGUCGCCAUGUUUGAAAAUGCACAGGCCGAGCGUUAACUUGUAACCAAGUGCCUAAGCUGAGGCUGACAGGGAGUCGUACAGAGGUGUCAGCAGAUCGGAAACAGGCUCAGACGUGCUAUGACGUUAUUCAAUGUCGGGGUAACGUGAGAGAAAUCCAACAACAGUUCUCAAGAGCCUUGGAGUGGUAAGAAGGUGAGAGUAUGGACAAGAAGAAAGGACGGAGAGAACGAAUCGAGAGAACUAAUCGAGUGAGGAAGGCUGAAUGGGGAGGAUGUCAGCAACAGCUGAUACUUUCCAUCUCUUGACGAGUGCCCUGAUCAGGGAGGGCAUUCAUGGCAAGCGUUAUUGGCUGCGUCACAAUUGGACCCAAGUAACUUAGUAAAGGUUACAAGCUGGUAGCAGGGUGGAAGCCCCUCGGCCCCUCAGGCCGAGGGCGCUCACCACCCCCAGGCUGACGUGCGGCAGUGCGCCGCUUGUUGUGCCAACGAGCGUACCAGCUUUUGCCAAAGGCCCAAUAACACUUGCCAGGCACAUCAGGGUAACGGAAAACUCCCCUCAAUGGCUUGUUGUCCCCUGUAGAUCCAUCCUCUUGGGAGAAUGCGGGGUUGGGGGGACUGGUUCAGGGACCGCUGGGGUAGCUCCUAGUCAUAGCAACAGUAUGUCGCUGCAAGACCACUCUUCAUAGGUGGACGCCAACUCAGCAUCAACCUCGUUAUCUC